AUGCGCGACGCGCGCGCGCCUGAACAGAGUUUUAACGACGUCGACAGCUUGCUGAUGAACUACUUUACGUUUCGAGCGCUCAAGGAGACGCUGGCGCAGAUGCAAGAGACGGAUUUGUCGCCGGGGAAGGGGGAGUACAAGUGGUUGUACAACUUCGCCGCGAGCGAGUAUAAGAACCGAGGCGACGAGUUCAUCAAGAAACUCUUCGCCGAAGGGCGCAGUGAUCACGCGCAGAGAAUUCUCGCGCAGAGAGUGGUGUUGUUGAAACGAUGGCGCAGUUACUUCAACCGCGGACUCGGGGGUGAGCGAUGCCAGGAGAAGUACGAAGACGUGAACUUGGAAAUCUUGAGAGAACAGUUAUUUUGCUCGCUCAACGCGGAGAUCGACGAGUGCGUCGAAUGCGACGAAGCCACGCUGUACAACAAAAUUUUGAAGGAUUCCGAGCAAGAUUAA